UCAUCAUCGUCAUCACCUAUACUAAUUCAAGCACGGAUUAGCCGGAUCUGAAUCGAUCGUCAACUGGUCGCCCAUGGCCGCGCCGAACCACCACGCCGACGAGCCGCCAGCGAGCGCGCCGGCUUCGCCCACGGCUGGACCAGGUGCAGCGCCUGAUCAAGACCCUACUGGCCGGAGGGGGAUGGUGCGCCGCUGCGUCCGCACGCUGCUCUCCCUCCACGAGGACCGCCGGAACGAGCGCGUCCUCUCCGCCAUGAUGACGCGCCUGGCGACGAUGGAGUCGCCCGCGGGCGACGUCCCCGCGGCGCCUGGGGACGCGUCGUCGGCGGAGCAUGCUCAGCUGGCGGAGCUGAUCGAGAAGAUGGAGCUGUCGUUCAAGGACUGAAACUGAUUGGUGGAGAUCGACACUCAUUAUUGCUAGGGUUUAUGCUAAUAACGACGCCAUGGUUUGUCAGAGGGCAGAUGGCAUCAGAGAAGAAGAGGCUACUGAUGAUAGCAACACACAACUAUGUACAGGAGUGGGCUCUGGUUGCAGAACUGAAUCCAAUUUAGCCCGCUGUGGCAGUGUAUCCUCUUGUUUGUUUUUCACUUUGUUAUUUUUCUGAGGAACAAUAUUGUUGGUUAGGAUUGGGGACCUGAUAAUAUUGUUGGAUCUGUGAGCAGAGUGGUUGUGACAAAUUGUGUGCUCCUGCAUGUCUCCAUCAUCAGUACCCAGCUCCAAUGCCAACCAAUGCAAGGUUUGACA